AUGGCCAUGCUAUUCUUCUAUGCAGCAACAAUUGCAUCCAUAAUAAUAACAAUCCUCUUUGUUCUCCAUGUUCUUGAUCGCAAAAGAAGUUGUAAAGACCCUCUUUUCAUAGAUUGGCCACUCUUUGGCAUGUCACUUCAACUUCUUUACAACUUGUCCCAAAUUCAUGAUUUCUUAGCAAAUGUCUUAAAUCGCAAAGGAGGCACUGCUGAAUUCAUGGGACCUUGGUUCACCAACAUGAACUUCUUGCUCUCUACCGAUCCCAUGAACGCACAUCACGUAUUCAGCAAGAAUUUUGAAAACUAUGUCAAGGGACCCGAGUUUCGCGACGUUUUCGAUGUUUUCGGCGACGCCAUAAUCGCGACGGAUGAUCUUGAGAAAUGGAGAUACAUGAAGUCUUUGUUCCUUUCUCUGAUCAAGCAUAAAGGUUUUGAUAUCUUCUUCGAGAAAACGAUUCAGAACAAGGUGAAGAAUAGUUUGCUUCCCGUGUUGGAUCAUGCAUGGUUGCAAGGAACAGUGUUGGAUCUUCAAGAUGUCUUUUGUAGGUUCACAUUUGAUAACACAAGCUUGAUGGUGUUAGGGUUUGAUCCCAAAUCCCUUUCCCUUGGAUUCCCAACUGUUGAAGCUGAAAAGGCUUUUGAUGAUAUUGAAAAAUGCUUAUUCUACAGACAAAUGGUGCCCAAAAGUGUUUGGAAAUUUCAAAAAUGGCUUCAAAUUGGUAAAGAGAAGAAGAUGGUGAAAGCGCGCAAGGUUUUCGACCAUUUCCUUUAUACUCAAAUAGCUUCUAAACUCGAAGAGCUAAGCAAAACUAAGAAAACUAUGGACGCAAAUAGCGAUAAAACUAUUCGAUUCGAUAGCUUUCUUGCUGAAGCUACAAGAUACGAAUCGCUCGAUGCAAAACUUUUAAGAGAUUAUGGAUUUAAUUUUUUUGCUGCCGGCAGAGAUACCAUUGCCUCAGUUCUUACGUGCACAGAAGAUGUGAAGAAGCUAGUUUAUCUCCAUGGCGCUUUGUGUGAAGUUUUAAGGCUUUUUCCUCCAAUACCUAUGGAGCGCAAGAAACCAAUCAAAGCUGAGAGAUGGAUGAAUGAAAAAGGUGGAAUUGUUCAUGUUCCUUCUUACAAAUUCAUUAGCUUCAAUGCAGGAGCAAGGACUUGUUUGGGUAAAGAUAUGUCUUUCAUUCAAAUAAAGAUUGUUACAUCUGCUAUUUUGCAAAAUUAUAGGGUUAGAAUUGUGAAAGAUCAUUCUGAUGAAAUUACACCGAGCCUUUCGAUUAUUCUUCUUAUGAAGCAUGGUUUGAAGGUCAAGAUAACAAAAAGACAAGUUUGA